AAAAUUAAUAGUCUUUAAAAGAAAAUUCUAGAAUAACCCAUUACACAUCAGUACUGUUUACCAAAACAAAAGGUCUACAUUUCUCCACGUCUUCAAAAUCCUAUAUAUACAUGAACCCUCCUCCUUGACGCCUUAUCAGUUAUCACAACAAAAAAAUCUUUAACCCAAAAUCCCUUCUUAAACCCUUAGCUGAUAAUCAUUUUCAGAGCCAAAAAAAAGAAAAAGAAAAAUGGCUUCCAAGAAAGAAAUGGAAGUGGUGAAAGGUCUGGACUUGAAGAGGUAUAUGGGUAGAUGGUAUGAAAUUGCUUCGUUCCCAUCAAGGUUUCAACCCAAGGAUGGAGUUAACACGAGGGCCACCUAUACUUUGAAGGAUGAUGGCACCGUUCAUGUUCUGAACGAGACUUGGUCCGGCGGCAAGAGGAGUUCCAUCGAAGGAACUGCGUAUAAGGCCGACCCGAAAUCAGAUGAGGCCAAACUGAAAGUGAAAUUCUAUGUCCCGCCUUUCUUGCCUAUCAUCCCUGUUGUGGGUGAUUACUGGGUUCUCUACAUCGAUGAUGAAUAUCAGUAUGCUUUGAUUGGCCAGCCUAGCAGGAGUUAUCUCUGGAUAUUGUGCAGGUCUCCUAGUAUGGAUGAGGAGGUAUACAACAUGCUUGUUCAGAAGGCAACAGAAGAAGGCUAUGAUGUGAGCAAGCUCCACAAGACACCCCAGGCUGAUCCUCCCCCAGAAGGUGAAGAAGGUCCAAAAGAUACCAAAGGAAUUUGGUGGCUCAAAUCUAUCUUUGGAAAGUAGUGAAAUCACAGCAACAGAUCAUGGUGGCCCUGGAGCCAUAGUGGAAAUUUGGAGAAAAAAUUACUAGUACUAAUCAUUAUGUUAUGGUAGUCUCGUUGUGAAAAGUAGUGAUCUUUGAUGAGGAUUGCCUUACUGUAAAAAAGUUUAUUAUCUGUUGUGUUGUUUGAAUUUGAUAUGAAUAUCCAUCGAUCUUGUUUAAUUUCUAGCCCUUAAGUUACUCUUGCGUUGCAUCGAAGUUAAACUGUUAUUCCCCUAUAUGAAACUGCAACGUGGGAGGAGGCACGUUGGGUCUCUUUUCAUCAAUCGCUUUGUUUCAAAUUGUUUGUGCAUCUCACAUAUCUAUGGCAUCCACAGAUAUGUAGUGCAUUAUAUUUCCAGAUUAG